AUGUUAACGUAAUCUAUUAGAAUUUUAUCAAAACCGUUUUUAACAAAUCAGUUAAGAACUUAAAAUUUAUGUUUGAAGUUAAAAAACUACUUUUCACAGUAUGAAUUCUCAUAAAUUGAGUAGAAGUGGCAGUAAAAAUGGAAUUAAAAUAUCCAAUCUUCUCAUAAAAAGAUAUCUGAUACUAAUUAAGAAAAAUAUUAUGUAUUAUCAUAAUUCCCAUAUCCAAGUGGAAAUCUCCACAUGGGACACGCUAGGGUUUAUUACAUUUCUGACGUUAUUUCCAGGUUUGAAAAAAUGAAAGGUAAAAAUGUUAUUAAUCCUAUGGGUUGGGAUGCUUUUGGAUUACCUGCAGAGAACGCUGCCAUAUAAAGAAAUAUUGAACCUUCAGAAUGGACCUAUAAAAAUAUUUAACAAAUGAAAGAAUAAAUGAUAAAAUUGGGAGUUGUUUUCGAUUGGGAUUUAGAACUCUUCACAUGCAGAGAAGAUUAUUACAAGUGGACUUAAUGGAUUUUUAUUUAACUUUUAAAGAAUAAACUUGCUUAUAAGAAAGAAGCAGAGGUCAAUUGGGAUCCAAUCGAUUAGACAGUUUUAGCUAAUGAAUAAGUCGAUGAUUAGGGAAGAUCGUGGAGAAGUGGAGCUAAGGUAGAAAAAAAAAUGUUAAAUUAAUGGUUUAUUAAAACUACAGAAUAUGGAAAAGAACUCUUCUAGGAUUUAAGUGAUUUAGAAGGUUGGCCUUAGGCUGUUCAAGAAAUGCAGAGAGGCUGGAUAGGUUUUAGUGAGGGAACUCAAAUCAAAUUUGAAUUAUUUUCCUAAUAAUAAUAAAAAUGUAUUGAUGAAAUUGAAGUCUACACAACUCGCCCUGAUACAAUUUAUGGAGUUACUUUCUUAGCAUUAGCUUAUGAUCACCAACUAGCUACAAAAUUCUUAGCAGGAUAAAAAGAGGAAGAUCUAGCUGAUUAUGAAAAAAUGAAAAACGAAAUCAAAUCUAGAAAGGAUUUGGUUGUUAACAAAAUUGGUUAUAAAGUAAAAGAUUAUUAUGCUGUUAACCCUUUGAGUGGCGAAUAAGUUCCUAUUUACCUUGUAGACUAUGUUUUGAAAGAUUACGGGACUGGUGCAGUAAUGGGUGUUCCUGCUCAUGAUGACAGAGACCAAGAAUUUGCUAAAAAAUACUAAAUACCAAUUAAAGAAGUCAUAAAAGAAGAAACAGACAACUAGUCAACAAAAUAAGUUUUAGUCAAUAGUGGAAAAUUUAGCAAUUUAGAAAUUGCAGAAGCUAAGAAAUAGAUUAACGAAUAAUUAAUUCAAAUUGGAAAAGGCCAUGUAACAUCUAAUACUAGCAUGAGAGAUUGGCUAGUAUCUAGAUAAAGAUAUUGGGGAGUUCCUAUCCCUGUGAUUGAAUGUCCUACUUGUGGAGUUUUACCUGUCCCUGAAGAUCAACUUCCUGUUAUUUUACCAGAAAAAUUAGGAAAUCCUGUUUAAUUGAAAAAUGGAAAUCCAUUAGCUCAUAUUAAAGAUUUUGUGGAGUGUAAAUGCCAUAUUUGUGGUAACAACAAGGCAAAAAGAGAAACUGAUACACUUGAUACAUUUGUUGAUUCUAGUUGGUAUUUUUUAAGAUUUCCAGACAGCAAAAAUUCGCUCUAAAUAUUUGAUAGCAAUCUAAUUAAAUAUUGGGCUCCUGUUGAUUUGUAUAUUGGAGGUAUGGAGCAUGCUAUUUUACAUCUUUUGUAUGCUCGUUUUAUUCAUAAAUUUUUGCACAAACAACAAUUUGUACCAUUACAUAAAGAACCAUUCAAGUAGUUAAUUGUCUAAGGUUUGGUUAAAAGUAAAAGCUAUAGAUUGAAAUAAACAGGAUAAUACCUCUAUCCUUAGGAAGCUUAAAAAUACGCUGAAGAUGAAUUAGACAUUAAAAUAGAAAAAAUGUCCAAAUCCAAAAAUAAUGGAGUAAAUCCGCUCGAAGAAAUUGAAAAGUUUGGAGCUGACUGUUUAAGAAUGACUUUACUCUUUUAUGGACCUAAUGAAAAGGAUAUUGCUUGGGAUGGCAACCUUUAAAAAACGCUGUACUCUUAUCUCAAUAAGGUGUGGAAUUUACACUUGAAAAUACAGUCGGCUUAUAAAAAUGAUGGUGAUUUGCUCAAAAAAAUGAACAAAUAAGAAAAAAUUUCCACUUUCAAAAAAGUGUAUGGAUAUGUCGAAAAUAUUCAAAAUGCAUUAGAAAGAAAAGAUCGUUCUUUCCAUGUUGCUAUUGCUAGAUAAAUGGAAUUGUAUAAUUUCUUAAGUGAAUUGCAAGAAUAGUCAGGAAUCACAUAGGAAUUUUCUGAAAUUUACGAGUAUUUAAUCAAUUCCUUGUAUCCAUUUGCCCCUCACACUAUGAGUGAAAUAGCCGAAAAUCUUUAUAAAAAAGAAUAUUAAUUUGUAUGGCCUGAUUUAUUAGCUAUUAAGAAUAAGCAUUUGAAUGAAGAUACUAUCUCAGUUAAAAUUAAUGUUAACAAUAAAUUUAAAGGAUAGCUAGAAAUUGAAUCUUCAUUUAUGGAUUCAUAAAAUGACGAACAAAUAAUUAAAGCAAUAAAUGAAAGCCUAAAGCUUAAUAUAAGCUAAUAUAAAAACAUAAUAAAAAUUAACAGAAAAAAUGCAUUUGUAAUAAAUGUCAUUUAGUGA